AUGGCCGCUGCCUUGCCUUUAGCCUUGCCCUUUCGCGGCGACUUGAUAUCCCAAAGCCCUCAACACCAUCUUGAGAAUCCAGUUUCCGAUGCCAUCUAUAUAGAACAAGGGGACUCUGCUCAUCACAGCGCGACCAAUGAGACCCCGGACGACCCCCCUGCAGGCCAAGAUCCCGAUAAAGACGACGGCGACAACGACGACGAUGAUGACGACGAGGAUCUCAUUCCAGGGGACCUUCUCGAAGGCGACAGCGACUCAGGCGGUGAAAGCGACAUUGGCAACGACGCCGUGUCCGUGGCCAACGGACUCCUCGGCAGCGGCGGCGCCGGCAGCGCGGCUCUCAACAACCAGACGUCAGGCUCGACAGCCGUCUUCUGCAGCCUGUUUGCGUGUGCCUCUGCCGCGCAGUCUGACGGCAAAGUCAGCACCAGCGCUUCUUCUGGGCCCAGGACGAUAACGGCCAGUGGUCCUCUUGUCAGCGUAAAGGGACCACUGGUCGUCAUCAACGUGUCGCGCACGUCGUCUGUUCGCAAAACUUUGAGCUGA